AUAGAUCUCAUACAGAAGUACAGCGCUGUUAUACAGGGCCAGUUCUUCGGUCAUCAUCACACUGACAGCUUCCGCAUGUUCUACAGCUCUAAAGGAUCUCCCACAAGUGCGAUGUUCCUGGCUCCAGGAGUGACGCCUUGGAUAACAACAUUACCUGGUGUCAUAGAUGGUGGAAAUAAUCCUGGAAUUCGCAUGUUUGAGUACGACACCAAAACACUUUUGAUCAAGGAUAUAAUCACCUACUAUAUGAACCUGACAUACUCAAAUGUGGUACAUGAGCGCUGGGAGAAGGCGUACCGGCUGACGGAGGCGUUUCGUGUGCCCGACGCCUCUCCCACCUCUAUGCACCGCGUGAUGGAGCGGAUAUCCAGCGACAAGUGUUACCUGCAGAAGUACUACGAGUUCAACUCUGUGAAUUAUGACCUGACGGAGUGCCACGCUGACUGCCGCGUCGAUCACGUGUGCGCGAUGAGGGAAGUGGACUUUGAGGCCUAUGAGAAGUGCGUGGUGAAGGAGGGAGGAUCAUUCAAUGCUCCAGUGCUGUUUACUCUGCUGCUGUCACUGAUGCUGAGCCUGCUGUGUUUGAACUGAUCACAGAACAGCAGCGUUUUUGCAAUAUUGUCACGUGAUCCCUUCAGACACACUCAGCAUGAGUGUGAAUGACAUGUUGUCAGCAGUAUUUCAAGUAUUUAACGUGCUGUUCAUAAACUUGAUUUUGAUGAUUUCUUUAUAUUUACUGAACUGUCUCUUAGUUCAGCCCAAAAUGAAAAUGCUUUUUGUGGGUCCAAAACAUUAAAAAAAAACAAAAAAAACAUAAUUUGUGUUCCACAGAAAUUUGGAGUGACGUGAAGGUAAAUAAAAAUUGCAGUUGUCUUUUCUUCUUUACUGAGACAUACUGUAGAUCUGAGUGAAAUGGCUUCUCUGCAACAACACUGCAGAAUUCUGACUCUCUUUAUUUUAAGAUAAAAAGUUGCAUGUAAUGUUUUUUUAACCCCACGUCGGAAAUAAGUUUACAUUGAUUUGUCUCUGUUCGUAUACAAGAUUUUUUUUUUAUUUUGCGUGAAAGACUGUCAAAAGUGGUUUGAUAAUGAUAAUGAUAAAUUAUGCAUAAUGAUGAAUUAUGCACUCAUGCAAUUUAUAUUUAAAUGCAUUCAUCAACAUUUUUUGUCCAGCAGUAAUUAGGGCAUCCAGCAGUAUGAACACUUACUAUGACCAACAAUACAGUACAAUACUCACAAAACAGUACAAUACAGUAGCCUUUGAUUUGCAUUUAAAGUUGCAAAAUAAACUUGUGUGGAAAAAAAUUGAAUAUGGCAUAAAACACCUGCGAAUAAAAUUCAUCUCAUGUGUUCAAGAGAACAAAAUCACUUCCUGGGAAACUGGUGCAAAGUAUCGAUAAUAAAGCAAUAAUAAAAAAAAUUGCUGCAACUGGGGAAGGCUGAGACUCUUUUUCCUACAUAAUCAAUUAUCUGCACCACAUCAGUUGAGGCAUCCAGGAAUUGAAUUGACAAAUGUGUUUCCAUCAGAGUUUAAGUGCAUGUUUUCUUACAGAACUAAAACACUGUCCACUUCGGAAAAAAUGUUGUUUAUCUUUUUAACAUUAUUUCUCAUUAUUCAGUCUGUUACAGGGCCUUAUAAAUGACAUGAAUGCCUGUCUUUAACAUAUGCCCCAUAUGAGGAUUUUUGUGUUUGACUCCAUGUGAUAAAGCAACAGUGAUGCUUGAGAUGAAACAAAUGCUCAGGCUUUCUUAGCAACUAGUCAAACUCAUACUCUCUGUACAUUAUCCGGUUUUCUGUAUGUAAUCACAAUAAAUGUAGAGUGCCGUCUGAUGGACUGACAAUCCUUAUGAUGCUCAUAAAUACCAAGUAUCCAAUAAAUGUCAAUGCAUUCAAAAUCAAAGCCAAAACAGCUGAUAAAGCUAACUGGAUUCGAUUACGCAGAUCUUAACAAACGCAUGUGAAAACACGCGAGACACACAAAUGAGGUCACAUGACAAAAACUUGUUUGGUGGAGACAUACGGCUUCAUGGCGUUCUCCAGGGCCUUUCUGAAGUCUUGAAGGCACACUUCAGUGCAAGCUGGAGCCGACAGCUUCCCAGCACGAAUCAGGAUGCAGAGUUCAUCCAGCAUGUUACGCAAGGCGU